GUGCGGGGCAGUGGACGCAAACCUCCUUCCAUAAACCCUACAAAUAUAGUGCAGUACACUAAUCUUUCUUCCGCUUUCAAGCACUGUUCUUGCGAUUCGUCUAUUUUAGUAGCCACUCUCACCACCCCAAUAUCUCCAGAUUCUUCACCAUCGUUCUCUCUCAGAACCGAUCUAGGGUUUCAUUUUCUUCUUCUCAUACACUUCCCCAAAUUUUCACAUCCGGCUUCGUUCUCCCCAUUUCCUGCUUCACUGUAUUAGCGAGAAAUGGCCAUGUCUGGACAAACCCUUGAUAUUAUGGGGGAUCGCCAGUCCGGUCAGGACGUUCGCACCCAAAACGUGAUGGCUUGUCAAGCAGUCGCAAACAUUGUCAAGUCUUCACUUGGUCCUGUUGGGCUUGACAAGAUGCUAGUUGAUGAUAUUGGUGAUGUAACAAUUACUAAUGAUGGUGCUACAAUACUCAAGAUGUUAGAUGUUGAGCAUCCUGCUGCAAAGGUACUUGUUGAGUUGGCUGAGCUUCAAGACCGAGAAGUUGGAGAUGGGACAACUUCUGUGGUUAUUAUAGCUGCGGAGCUGCUUAAGAGAGCAAAUGAUUUGGUGAGAAAUAAGAUUCACCCAACUUCUAUAAUCAGCGGUUAUAGACUUGCGAUGAGGGAGGCAUGCAAAUAUGUUGAUGAAAAAUUGGCUAUGAAGGUGGAAAAGCUUGGAAAAGAUUCUCUUGUAAAUUGCGCCAAGACAAGCAUGUCCUCAAAGUUGAUAGCUGAUGACAGUGACUUCUUUGCAAAUCUGGUUGUGGAAGCAGUACAAGCAGUUAAGAUGACCAAUGCAAGGGGCGAAAUCAAAUAUCCAAUCAAGGGAAUCAAUAUUCUCAAAGCUCAUGGAAAAAGUGCAAAAGAUAGCUCCCUGUUGAAUGGCUAUGCUUUGAAUACUGGCCGUGCUGCCCAGGGAAUGCCACUAAGAGUUGCCCCUGCAAGGAUUGCUUGUCUUGACUUCAAUCUCCAGAAGACAAAAAUGCAAAUGGGUAUCCAAGUUUUAGUCACUGAUCCACGGGAGCUUGAAAAGAUUCGUCAGAGAGAAGCUGAUAUGACAAAAGAACGGAUUGAGAAGCUUCUGAAGGCUGGAGCCAAUGUUGUUUUGACUACAAAGGGAAUUGAUGACAUGGCCCUUAAGUACUUUGUGGAGGCUGGUGCAAUUGCUGUGAGGCGUGUUCGGAAAGAGGAUCUUCGUCAUGUUGCCAAGGCGACGGGUGCAACUAUGGUUUCAACAUUUGCUGAUAUGGAAGGAGAGGAAACAUUUGAUUUAUCAUUUCUUGGACAUGCAGAUGAAGUAGUUGAGGAGCGCGUUUCUGAUGAUGAUGUGAUCAUGAUAAAAGGCACAAAAAACUCGAGUGCGGUUUCAUUAAUACUGAGGGGUGCAAAUGACUAUAUGCUUGACGAGAUGGAGAGAGCUUUGCAUGAUGCUUUGUGCAUUGUCAAGAGGACUCUAGAAUCCAAUAUGGUGGUAGCGGGUGGAGGUGCAGUCGAGGCUGCCCUAUCUGUCUAUUUGGAGUACCUUGCCACAACAUUAGGAUCUCGGGAGCAGCUAGCAAUUGCAGAAUUUGCUGAAUCUUUAUUAAUUAUACCAAAGGUUCUUGCUGUCAAUGCUGCGAAGGAUGCUACUGAGUUAGUUGCUAAACUGCGUGCUUACCACCAUACUGCUCAAACCAAGGCAGAUAAGAAGCAUCUGUCAAGCAUGGGACUAGAUCUUUCAAAGGGAAUUGUUCGUAACAAUCUCGAAGCUGGAGUAAUUGAGCCCGCGAUGAGCAAAGUGAAGAUAAUUCAGUUUGCAACUGAAGCAGCUAUAACAAUUCUCCGAAUUGAUGACAUGAUCAAGCUUGUCAAAGAUGAAAGUCAAAAUGGCGAGGAUUAGAUGUUUGCAUAAUUGGGAGACAUUCUCGUUCUUGGGUGAACUAUGAUUAUUCAAUGAGUGGUAGGAGUUGGAAUAUUGUGAAUUUCAUUCGUACGUGUUGAAGGGGUUCACCUUGCGUGGGUUAUUAAAGAAUUUUGUUUUAGUUUCGUUCGGUUACUGGGACCACCACUGCUUAAUUUUGUGUUGCGUGCGCUGUUAGUUGUAGCAUAUGCAGCAAUAUUUUUGUUGAACGAUAUGUAAAAUUUGGGAAACAAUGUAGUUUCUUGUUUUAGGUGUGAGAAUGCUCAUUUUUCUUUUGUUUUUUUUAGUUGGAGCCAACAUGCAGACUUGAUCUUAUGAGGGUCGAAAGAUGUGUUUGAUUGAGCUUUUAUUUUUGGUAAA